CGGAGCCCGGCCACGAGGCUUCACACGGUAUACUCGGUACUAGUGGUGCAUCUGUGCCCGCGCUCCCCGCGAAACCUUUGUGAAACAAGUUUUAAGCAUCUCUAAAGGUUUUCGGCUAGUGAAGUGAGCGAAGUGUUAAAAAUGUCGUGUUUCGGUGGCGGCGUGUUGAUUCCCGAUUAGUGCAGUGUUUUUUUUUUUAACUUGGUGUAGUGAUGUGACUUGAAGUGACAGACAAAGCGCCGCCAUGCUGCCCACAAAUGUGAUGUCCUUUAUGAAGAAGAUGGUGGCGACGGAGGAAACGACCGUGCCUGGACAGAUCGAAUCGCCAGGAACUUUUGGGAAACUCCGUCAGACACUAUCUUCUUCACUCCUUACUGCACAAGACAAAGUAACGAAGCUAGGGCCGCGGACGGGUGUGACAGAGGUGGUGGUGGAGCCUGCGCCGGCGCCGCCGCCCGCCCAGCCGCCGCCUCCAGCCGCGCCCGCUAAGACUGAACGUGAGGCGGGCAAGGCGCCGUCCCGCGCCGGUGCGUGCCGCGUGUGCCUGAAGGCCCUCAAGCCGGGGGAGGUGUUCCACAUAUGCAACGGCUGCCAGCACCGCGUGUGUGAAGACUGCUCGUCAUACUCCAAACCUGCUAGCGAUGAAGAGAGCUCAUGGCGCUGCUCCGUGUGCCGUCGCAAGGCUGGCCCGCGCGUGCCGCCCGCCGCGCAGGACAGCACGGACUCGCUGCUCGACGUGCCGGUGCUGGAGGCGCUGCAGCGGCGGCACUCGGAGGCGCGGCUGGGCAGUGGCGGCUCCAGCACGGCCCUGGCGCCGCCUCGCUCGCCCGAGCUGCGCAGGCACUCGGAUGUGUCGCCCGCCUCGCUGAAGGAGUUGGAGAAGUUAAAGGGCGGCGGCAGCGUGACACCCGACACGCUCUCCCGUCGACCCAGCACCGUGAGCCCGGCGCGUCGGCGCUCCGUGCGCGCGCCUGCACCGCGCCAGCGCUCCGUCGACGAGGACCAACACCCGCCGGCGCACGCGCCAGCGCUCGCCGCUCCGCCACCCAUGUCCAGACGGGCUUCAGCAGUAGACGUGGUAGCGAGCGGCGGUUCUCGACGGAGUUCCUAUAGAGCAGACACCGACUCAGUUGAGAUCAGCUCCACGCCUCAGAUCAGUGGGCUGAGCGUCGAUGAGGACAGACCAAUAAGACGAAGAGGCAGCCAACUUCCCGACAUUGCUGCGUUACAACAAAGAACUGGAGCUCUAAAUGCCAUGGCGCUAGCGACGCGAGGGCCCGAAGCAUCGGAGCCUUCAGCGGCGUCCAUUUCAGCUGCCGCAGCCGCCGCCGCCGCAGCGAGACAGAUGUCCGUCGACGCUGAAGCCAUCAAGAUAGUCAUACAUGAUGUCGACGACCGGUCGCCGCGACGGGUUACCUUGCGACGAGAUCCUAAUGAUAAAGGGCAUAGGUCACGAGGUUUCGGCAUGCGGGUAGUGGGUGGUAAGCCCGACGCUAGUGGACGUCGGGAAGCGGUUAUUGUGUGGACGGUGCCUGGAGGACCGGCCGACCUCGUGGGGUUACAGCAGGGGGAUAAGGUACUGGAAUGGGGCGGAAUCCCGCUAACGGAGAGAAGUUUUGAAGAAGUGUGCGCUGUGUUAGAACGGGGUGGAGAUGUGGUUGACUUGUUGGUGGAACCAGCGCCGCAGAUCGAUGACCCGCCUGCACCGCCUGCUAUGGUGCCGCACCAUCACCACUCCCUAUAUGAACCGGAUACGGACAAAUCGCCGUCGUCACCGACCCGAAGGAAAUUGCCGAAAACCCCGGAACAAGAUCGCGCCGAGCGUUUCCGCGAGCGACCGUCGGCGCGUGCGCAGUUACAAGUUUGGUUCGAGAUGGAACUGCGCAAACUGGUUGUCGUUCUCAUCGCCGCGGAUGAUUUGCCUCCGCGAGACCAUACGCUGGGCUACGGCGAUGAGCCUGAAGCAUUUGCAAGAAUACGUCUUUUACCUUCGCUUGAAACUUGCCCUCCCGUGGAAACCGACCCUGCAUCAGCAUCAUGCAGCCCUGUUUGGAACGCCACUCUCGGCUUCGGCGGGCUCACGGCUGACUUGCUGGCUGGACGAGCACUUGAGCUCACUCUGUGGGACGCCUGCCCUGGCAUUGACCCCGUACUUAUAGGAGAAUGUACCAUGGAACUGGAAAAAGCAUUCGCAGAAGAGCGAGCAGUGUGGUGGACGCUUGAGGAGCGUGGCACUCGCUCUGCGAACGCUUCGCCCCGCGGCUCGCUGACUGGCGGCAGAGCUUUGAGGAGAGGCGAUUUUGCUUCACAACGCUCCGUUUCGGAUGACAUGGACUCAAUCGGCGAGUGCGCAUCACUCCUACACCCAGACCACGCGUGGGUGGCCGGCUCUCGACGUGGUUCAUCACAAUCCGAAACAUUAGAAGUCGAAGUGUAUCAGUUAGGAAAAGACUUCUCCCGAUCAUUGCCAGGCUCACGGCGGUCUUCGUUUCAGCAGCAAGAGAAAGACGGCGGCGUGGACCCCGCGACGUGCUCGCGCCGGGAACGCCGCCGCUCGUCGUGCGUGCGCCGCGACCCGGACGACAUCCUGCGCUCUCUGCGCGCCGUCAAGGGCGAGCUGGGCCGCACGCUAUCGCUGUCGGGCUCCACCGCCAGGCGCACGGCGACGGGGCGCAAGGGCAGCAUGUGGGCGGCCGUGCCGGCGGCGGCCGCGUGUGACGCCGUGGGCGACGACGACGACGUGCCGCUGGGCCCCGGCCAGCUGCCGCCGCGCAACGCGCACCUGCCGCCGCUGCACGCGGAGAUCAACAUCAGCAUCAUCAUGAUCAAGGGACAGCUCGAACUCGAGGUAUCUCACGCGCGUCGAGUGUACGGCGUCAACGGCGAAGUACCAGAUUCGUACGUGAAGUGCUACCUGCGCGACGGCGACAAGUGGCUGCACAAGCGCAAGACGCGAGUCAUCCGCCGCACUACCGAGCCUCAUUUCAAGCAAACGCUAAAAUAUUUGGCGAGCGAGGCUCUGGGACGCACCCUGGUAGUGAUGCUGUGGCAGCGCUGCGGCGGCUUCGAGCACAACCUGGCGCUGGGCGGCGUCGAGAUCUGCCUCGACAAGUUGACGCUACCGCAGCGCACGUACGGCUGGUACCCACUGUUCCCGGCCACGUCGCUCGCCGCCGACGAGUCGCCCGACUGAUCCAGGGAGCCGUCGCCGGAGCGCCACGACUACUAGCGCUCCACGACGGCUCUAAACAUGUCCCGAGGCACCAUGAUCAUGCUGGCAUUGAAAAUCCGUGCGUUAUUGACGUUAAACCCUACCCAGUACCCUCAAUACCAGAUUGUAUACGUUGCAAGCGUCAAUGCGAAAUAUCAAACUAUAUUUUUGAGUAAAAUGGAUCCUAUAUUUUUUGUCUGAACGUUCAAUGUUCUUCUGUCCUAGAAUUUAACCUUGACGAAAUCAUCCAAUUACCUACUAGCUAGCCAGUACUACAUGUCACGUACACCAUAAACACGUCAAACAGAACACGUCACGCUGCGUGCAACGGCUCUGUGUGGCGUGUUCUAUAACUAGUAUAUGACAACUUUACCUUAGCUGGCGUAGCUUGGCCGUCCCGUCCCGUCCGCUAUGUGGCGAUACCUUUAUACUCGUAUUCAUCGUGAAAUAACUCUUUAAUGCUUAUCAUAAAACCUAAAAGGCUUUAGAUCUAAUUUAUUAUUACCAUUUAAUUUGAAAUUGACGACGCUUGCGAAUUAUGGAUUCACGUAUUAAGGGUAGGUACAGAGUUCAGUAUGACAUCCAAAACUUAAGCAACCGGCGUUAUAAUUUUGUAUGAAAAAACACACCACUUUAUUGAAUAUUUACGUUUUGAAUGUCAUAGAGAAUAAUAACGUAGGCGACAGGAUAAUUUGAUCGGCGUCUAAUCGCUUCAGAGUCCCACAUUGCUGCCCAUGUAACUCUUUAAAAGAAAAUCUUUAUUGCGCAUAAAUAAUAUGUAUUAAGAAUGAUGCGUCUUAUCAUCAUAGCGAGGUUUAAUCGAAAUAUCACUAGCCGUAAAGUAAACUAAGAUCACAAUAAAAUCAUUGCCAUUGUAUGUGUAAAAUCCCAGGGGAACGCUACUCUUUCAUUCCCUUUUAGGCAAUCCCCUAUGCAUAACCAUGAAAAUUCAAAUUGGGUCUUAUUUCCAAAUUCCUGCUCAGCAAAGUAUGUAUAGGUACUCUUAAUAACGUUUAAUGAUAUAUAAUCUAGAUAUUAUAUAUCACAACAACCUUACACAAAUCUAUUUUGAUAAUUAUAGGUACAAAAGAUAAAUCAGACCUAAUUAUCGUACUACCAUACAUAUUUAUUUGUUAUAUUUUUUGAACACUUUUUUUUGUAUAUUUUAUCUAGUAUUACAAUGAAUAAUAUUUCCCUAAGGCAAACAUUGAGUUACCUACCUACUAAGCUACAAACAACAAAUAAUAAUGCAUUACGAUUUUGACGACCUCCGUGGCGCAGUGGUGUGCGCGGUGGACAAGACGGAGGUCCUGGGUUCGAUCCCCAGCUGGGCCGAUUGCGGUUUUCUUAAUUGGUCCAGGUCUGGCUGGUGGGAGGCUUUGGCCGUGGCUAGUUACCACCCUACCGACAAAGACGUAUCGCCAAGCGAUUUAGCGUUCCGGUACGAUGUCGUGUAGCAACCGAAAGGAGUGUGGAUUUUCAUCCUCCUCCUAACAAGUUAGCCCGCUUCCAUCUUAGAUUGCGUCAUCACUUACCAUCAGGUGAGAUUGUAAUCAAGGACUAACUUGUAAAGAAUAAAAAAAAAAAAAAAAUUACAUACUGUAGUAAGUACCUACAUAGUAACUCAAUGAAUACAAAAUAAAUUUUGACCAAAAGUACGAUGUGCCACCAAAAUACGAUUAUAAUCACAUUUCACGCAUGAUAAUAUACAGGGUGCUGGGGAGAGUUUCCCAUAACUCUGGGGUUAUAUUCUUUACCGAAAAUAAUUUAAAAUGUUCAAAGAACAUGUGUUCUAAAAUUUAUAUUUUCGGAGUAAAUAAUAUUUCUUUUGUAUAAAGAUCAUAUAAUGUCCCAUAGACGCAUCCUUAUAAUUAUGACGAAACCAAACUUUAAAAUUUUAAAAUGCAAAGAUAAAGGCGUGUAUAAUAGUCAUAAUUAUUUGUAUUACUUUGUAUGAAACAUAAAAAGAUUUUAUUUUUUAGUUAAAAAAAUAUUACUUAUGCAUUUCGGCUAUAAGUGGACUCGUCAACACCUUGAAGUUAUGGGAAAAACUCCCGAGCACCCUGUAUACUCGUAUUUAUGACUUACUUCUAAAAAUAAGAUAGACUUCUAUAAACUCCAUGUAAUAAUAGGACUACUUCUAUUUUCUCUAUAGUAUAGGGAAGAAGAAGUAGGGUUGCCAAUCUUCUAAGCUUUUCUUUAGUCUUUUCGGGAAAUGUCAGUCGUCCCGCCAUGAGCCCUUGCGGGACGCCUGCUCUCCCGUUAGUCUUCCUUGAUUUAAGAAAAUCAUUUUAAACCAUUCCCUCUUUGUAAAAAUAUUAUUGUAACGUAUUAAACAACAAUUUAUAGUCAGAGAUCCGUAGAAUAUUUUGUACAACUGAUUACUAUCAAGUUAAUUUUUCGGGAGUAGCUUCAUCUUGAUGAGACGAUCAACUUUUUUAUUUACGAAAAUUCUUGAUUCUGUUAGCUAACUGAGUUACCAGCAAACAAAAAAUGUUCUAAGGAACUCGAACUAUUACUAAAUGCUUAAAAUUGUAUGGUGGCACAACAUUUACAGACAAAGAAAAUUAAUAAACAACCUAUCUUCCUCUUUUAUAUUUGUUUUCUCACCUCACAUAACAAUUGCCGUGGUGUAUAAUUAAAUAUUGAUCAUUUUAAAAUUAAUAAUGAAAAAAGUCACACGACACUGGAAUUUAGGCCACUGAUCUGAAAAGGGAUUUUACCAUUAACAACAAACAAAUCAGCAUUUGAUUUUUAACUAUUAACUCAAUACUCAUUAACUCAAACUUAAAAUAAUAGCCGAAUGCGCUCAUUCUUACCUUGUAAUCCAUCAAUAUAUGUAGGUAAGUUUAUCAAAUAAUCUAAAAUACUUAGCUUAUUUAAUGAUGGAGUAUCUAAAUCUAAAGUAAUUGUAAAAGUAUAAAUGUAAUGUAUCUAAUAAUAUAAAAAAUCUGUCUUUUUUAAUACUGUGGUAUCUACUACUUUGAAAUCUUAAAAAAAACCCCAAACUUUAACACUUUGCCUUAUACGAUUUAUAGAAAAACUCUUAAGUGAUCCUAGUGUAUAAGCGCUAGAUACUAUUCUUCCAAGGUUGUGCUUUAGUGAAUUUUCCCUACAUUUAAAUCGUGCGCUGUAGCAUGGUGCGGGUGACAGUUUCCUUAUCACGUUCAUAAUACGUACCGUUAUAGUUAAUCGCGGCAAACUUUCCAAGAGUGAAAUGAACUGUCACCCGCACCAUCCUACAUCGCACGAGCUGUAGCUAAUCUACUGACGUUGUUUCUUCGUACUUGUUCAAAGUAAAAAUCUUUUUACAAAAUGUAAAUACUGUUGAAUUAUAAUUUAUUUUUCAAAAUUUUUCUACGCACAACUAUUUCGUGAUAAUGUUGAACUAUCUUUUUUAUAAUCUGUAGAAACGUAUUUUAUGUAUAAUAUCUUAUCAGAUGUUUAGAGAGCCCAAUAUAAAUGUGUAUCUAAAGGUAGUGUAAAGUACGUUUAUCCUGAUUCCUGGUCAUUAUAUCAUAAUAAUGACAGUCUUUGGUAAAAUGCAAACGUUGAAUUAGAUUAGAUCUUGACGCUGUGAUGUUUCAUAGGCCUUCAUUCGCACGAGAGUUUCUUUAACGGACGUUAAAAAAACGUUCAAAUACAAGGAAUGAAUUCUCAAGAAUAUGAUCACACGACAACACACGAAGACGCGUUUUUAAAACAAGACGCUUUUUUUCGCUCAGUAUUCCAUUUUCAAGUUUGGGCGUUGGAAAUAGACCAUGAAUUAAGAACUUUAUAAAAGUUGAAUAAACGCUUUUCUAACAACAAAAAAACUCUCGUGCGAAUCGUGGGAUAAUAUGAUUUAAAUAAAACUUAUUAUUUUAAUAUGCCGCGCCUGUUUAACCAUUGCAAAUAAUUAUCUCGUUUAACAUAGUUUUAGAGUAAAUGGCCUGUUUGAAUGAAAAGUAUAUAUACUGUACAGUAGUUGACAGAGAGCGAGGUCUAUAAUAGCAAUAUUUUAAACAAAUUACCUCAAUUCCAGCAAUAGAAAUAUAUUCGUGACAAUAUAAGUAAACAGAGACAGUAUAUGUAUCUUUAUAUCUUCCUACUUGGGUUUUUCUACCAGGAGUAUGUUCGAGUAAGGACAUGUACCUAUACAUUUUUAACGAAUCGUGAAAUCUUAUUGGUCUACCCUAAUUAAUUAAAAUGCUAAAAAGUAGAGAUGCGCCGACUACGACUUUUGCAUAUUAGCCGACUAGCCGAUUAGUCGGUUGCAAAGAUGCCGACUAGUCGGCAAUGCCGAUCACGGGUCGGGGAUUUCCGUAAAGCUAUGUUUAGAUACAGCUGAUUUAAGCGCAAUUCGCUUGCGAGUGUGUCGAUGUGUUUUUCUUAAUUGCUUGCUGAUAUAGCUGAGCAAAAGUAAUUAUUCCAAGCAAGUGACAUGAUAAAUAUUUUUUUUGUACAAAUAAUACUAUUUUUGUUAAUGAAAGUUAAAGAGUUGUUUUAAAAUUUAAUCAUGACAAAAAGAAAAUCUUUAGUAAAGAUGUUUUUUUCUUCCUCAAUACAUAAUAUUAUUAAGAAUUACAUACAAAAUAAUAAGCCGACUAGUCGGCGCUUUUUGCCGACUAAUCGGCUUUACCGACUAGUCGGCGACUUUGCCGAUUAGUCGGCUUUACCGACUAGUCGGCAACUAGUCGGCGCAUCACUACUAAUUAGCACUUGCUAACUUGCAUCCGGUAAAGCUCAAGGGACUUAUCUACAAAAGUGCUGCUGUACGGUAGUUGACUUGGUCGGCCUUCGGAAAAUGCUACAAUGGAUGUGUGACGUCACACGUUGUGACUGACAACGCAACGAGCACAUACGCGGUAGGCUCAGUGUCCGUGACAUCUGAGAUAAGCUGCAGGAAGCCCGUCUCAGAUGGUAAGGCCACAUUGCACGACAUCCGCAGAGCUACGUGGGUAACAGAUGUCUGAACAUCGCAGUCCCCCGAGGCCGCCCCUAAAAGCGCUGGUUCGACAUCGUAAACGCGGACCCCACGGUAUGGGACCACGCUAAGAAGAAGAAGACUUGCUAACUGACAUCCUAGUGGAAAACCCAAGUACCUAACAUAUUUACUCGUAUAAUACCUAUUUUUAUGAAAUAAUUGCAUUGAGUGUAAAAAUAAUAGGGUAUCUAUUAUUAGAAUUUCAUUUAAGCUUUACAGGAAAUCUCUAUAUCGAGCAUCGACACGAAACGUGAGUCUCCAAAGAUCGAACGGCCUAUCUUGUUCAAAUAUUUGUGUGAAAAUUUGAUAUUUUUAUUGAUGUUAGAUGAAAAUUACAUAUCGACGAAAUUAAAUGUGUUUUCUCGUCAAAAUUUGUUCUUCCAAAACGGUCGUAGCUUAGUGACUCGCUUGACAAUAUCAUUCAUAUAUAUAGUAGAAUCUUUUAUAUAGUUAUUUAAUUGGAAUGUUUGGUAUAUCUAAAUUAUUAUAACCUGGCAACAUUUCUAAACCAUUUUUUUUGUAUUGUCUAUAAAUAAAUGCAAGAUGUUUAGUCACUUUGCAGUACGAUGUCACCUCUUACUCUCCAUAGACACUAUAUUAACCGAGUCGUCGGGCUACUAUAAAGCCUCAACAAAUACACAAGUAGUGUGUUAACGUAGUUACAUGUAUUCUAUGGUGCCAGACAAACACAACUUUCAUAUACGCUAAUCGAUGGCAGACUGAUGUAAGAGCCGCAUGCUAUAGGUAGAAAGAAAAGUUUAUUGAAAAAAAAAUUAUUGAGAAACAGUUUGGAUCGUGCCGCGAACCAGCUCAUGACUAAGGAGCCCCGCCGUAUGGGUGCGAAACUAGUCGGGCAUACUCCGAUCCUGUACCACGUGAGUUUUAGCCGUGUUUUUUUUCACGACAGUUUAAAUUCUAAAAUUAUUGAGAAAAGCUGAAUAAAUACGGUAAUAUAAUAUAUGUGUAUUAUUUUACCGUAUAUAAUUACUUUACAGUUUCAGAUUUUCUCAAUAAUUAUUUAGUUAGUAGCCAUUAUUGAGUCGAGAUCAUCUUACUAAGUUGUAAGACAUUCUCGACUAAAAAAUGGCUACUAAAAAAUAAGUUAUAAUGGUGGUGAUAACAUCGUUAGCAACAGUUAGGUACUUGCUUUUAAAGCUUUCAAGAAAUGGGCUCCUAUUCCUAUAUGAGAGCGGCGGCUAUUGCAGCAAUCUACGAUCAACGUAUAUCGGUCUCAUACAUAUAUAACAAAUGCUAGCUAUAAAUCACUUGAUAUUAUAAAGUCUUAUAUAAAUACUAUUUAAAUAAUUCCCUCGAAUAUAACACGCAAAAGCGCUCUUCGAUACCUGUUGUUAAUGUUUUACCUAUUUAUUGUAAAUGCAAAAAUACUUCUUAAGAUCCACCAGUAAAUGUACAAUUCCUAAGAGAGAGAAUAUUUAGUAUCUUAACUCCUAUACAUAAUCAUAUGUAAAAGUUAUAUUUCACUACGCCAUAUAGAAAAACUUAUCACGCGUCGAAUAUAUUUUUACACUAUAAUUUUAUAUUACUGAGCUAAUAUAAAAUGCUGUGAAAAUAUUAUAUCAUAAAAUAUAUUUAUAAUAAUAAUUAUCAUAAAUUUAAUCUUUACAUAAUAAAUAUAAAACUAUAUAUUUGUUCUGAAAAUGGUUGUAUGCGUUGUUCAACCUAUGGAUGGUCUUCCUUAUUCGCUAUUUUAUACAGAGUGUCACGUAAUUAAUAAAUAAAAUACAAAUAAGAGAUACACCACCUAAAUUAUCUACAACUAAUUUGGAUAAUUUUGAAAAAAGUCGUAGGGUGUCCAAAUUAUAUUAUUUUUUUCGGAAUUAUAUUAGUUGAAAAAGUUAGAAAAAUUGGGAAAAACCGAAAAAACAUUAAAACUUGAUCACCCUCUACGGAUUUUUUUCAAAACUAACCAAAUUACUUUUAGAUAAUUAGGCGGUGUAUCUUCCAAUUACGUUUUAUCUAUUAAUUACCCUACCCCUGUAUAAGAUGAAACUUUGUCAGUUCAUUCAACUACCUACGGUAGGCAACUAUAGAGGUAGGACCGCGGUGGCCUUGGACGGUAAAGUGGUUUGAGCCCUUACAAAAAUACUUUUCUGGACUGCAUAAGGGGAAGUAGGAAAAGUUUUUUUAUAUUUUUAAGGAAUAUGAGAGAUCAUGUGCCCAGUCACCAGCUUUUAGUGGUGUAUACUGAAUGCUAAAGACCCUUAAACUGUGAUCUUUAAGAGUAGUUUUCGACUGGCAACUAACAGGAAGUCUUAUAUUUUGUCAAAGAAAAUAUAAUAGAAUAGCACUUAUUGUUUUUCUUUUAUUAUCUUUUGGACGAGACGAGAUCGGACGGUUGAAAGUCUGAACUUUUGAAACCACCCGGAGCCACCAUCAUCCUAACUCUUUAGUUGCCCUCUAAGUUAAGAGCCAUGAGCUGAUAAUGUGUCAGCUUUUAAUAAAUAACGAAGAUCUGACAAAAAUAAAGUCUAAACCUAAAAGAUGGCUGAAAAAAAUAUGGAAAAAGGUUCAGUAUAUGACUGAGAAGUAAGUAAGAUUAUUUUUUUAUUCAUCAUUCCAUAAAAUACAUAUUAUUGAAAUUAAACCUAACCAUAUAAUUCAUUACUUGGUUAUUUUCAUGCAGUACAACUCUGUAUUCCAAUAAUUUACGAUCUGCAAGCAUACCUACUUACCUAACUCGUAUAUUUUUAAACAAAAUUAUAGUCACUACUGAACUUUUUACCGUAUCGAAUUGUAAAAAUAGACCCAAAAAAUUUUAAUUAUCUAUGUAGAAUUUGUAGAAAUCUAUAUUUAUGAACACACUUGCCUAUAAGCAACUUUUAUUGUUAAAACACAAAUCAGUGUUGUAUUUAUUUAUUAAUUUGGGAUACGUACACUACACAACUGUACAAUCCUACAUAUUAUCGCAAGACAAAACCGCAUAUAAAUAAGAUGAAACCCAUUUAUAGUUAUUCUAUUUCUGGAAGACGGUCUGGCUUCGGAUGUAGUAAUAAAGUGACAGAACAAACGCCUUAUUAAACAAAUAAUCAACAAAUAAUCAUUGGUAUGUGUAAAAUUACGUGACACAGGAAAAUCGAAUUGAUAAAGAUACAGGGUGGCGUUUUUUUGGUAAACAAAACUAUAAAUCCAAAUGGUUAGCAACCAACAACAACAACUCGUAGUCAAAAUGAUAAGUUAUAAACAUAAUAACAAUAUUUUACAAUAGUUGUUGAUAUUAAUGUUCCACAUGACGAUAAUCUGUUUUGUAUAUUUUGUAUCUGUUUUGUAUAAUUGAAAAAAAAGGAGAAAUAAAUAAAUGAGAGAGAAUAAAAAAUAUUAUAUUACCAGUGCUGCCACAGACUUCGGUCUAUAUGGGCUGCAUGACUUCUAGAGCCUCCUUUAGCCUCCUUUAGCCUCCUUUAGCCUCCUUUAGCCUCCUUUAGCCACCUGUUUUUUUUCCAAUUUCGUUUUUUUUUGUAAAUGUGGUGGAAAAUCCAAGUAAAUAAUAUAAAAAUUUUGAGCAAAGCAGAAAUUUUACUUAAGCUUUAAGUUUUACCUACUAACGCACCCACAGGUCAUAUAGCACUUAAGCUACGCUUAACGCACCUGUCUGUAUACUUUACCACUUUAACCAAAGCAAAACCGUCUUCCGAAAAUAGAAAAUUCUAUACCUAUAUUAAAAUUCUAACAAAACGUUGGUAACUUACGCUUACUAUUUCGAUAUAUUAGUAUGUACGACAAAAUAUUCUAAGUAUGUAAGAAAUAUAUAAAUGUAAAUCUAUUUACUUAACAUAAUAUUAUUAUGUGCCUAAUACUUCCAUACCACGGUACACAGUCGCACUUCGCACAAAACAUAUCUUUCAAAUAAUUUAAUGGGGUCAUUGAACCUCAAGUACAAUUAAUUAAUAAACGCUGAUUCGAUAUACCUAUAUAAAUACUCCAUACUGUAAACCAAAAUGAUACAAGUACCAUGUGUUAUAAAGAUACCCACUAGAGCUAAUCCAUGUCACUUGUGUAAUUACACACUUUAAUAUAUGGAUAUAGGUAUGAAUUGUGAGCCUGUGAGAGCCACAUCUUCGUGAUUUUAUAAAAGCUGAAAGCUUGUCAACCCAAGCUUUAACCACAGUUAAGUAUAAUAAGCAAAUAUGGAGUUAGAAUCAAGGUGGUUUUGUGAGAUAGCAAGUUUCGAGAGUCCAGAGUCCAAAUCAUUGCAUAAAACGUAACGUUUCUUGUAUGAUCUUACGGGAUAUCAUGUUUCCUGUGCACAGUCUCCAAAAGUUACGACAUUUUUUUAAGACUUAUUUUAUAGUUUAUAGUUUUGACAUUUGAAAUUUUUUGCCACUUUGGUACACCGGCGAACUUUUUGAGCAAGAAAAGUGAUAAAAAAAUGUUUUUUUCUUCAAGAAACACACUUUUUUACGCCAAUUAUUUAACCAGGUCCAUAAUUAAAUACAUCAUAUUAUCAUCAUCGGUGAAGGAAAACAUCGUGAGGAAACCUGCAUAUCAGAGAACUAUCUUAAUUCUCUGCGUGUGUGAAGUCUGCCAAUCCGCAUUGGGCCAGCGUGGUGGACUAUUGGCCUAACCCCUCUCAUUCUGAGAGGAGACUCGAGCUCAGCAGUGAGCCGAAUAUGGGUUGAUGACGAGAUAUUAUCAUCUCCAUAUAUUUUUAUGCCUGGGUGUGCCUGGGUUUCAAGGGCCGACGUUGUAUUGUCCUGAGAGUCGAAGAGUUGCCUAAAUCAGCUACUUCACAAAGCAACCACGGUCCAUCUCCAUUGUCACCUAUCGAACUUGCCUAUAGUUGGAGCAAUAGCUAACUUGCAGCUGUUAUAAAAUCACGAAGGUCUGGCUACCACAGGCUAAAAGGUAAAUAUUUUUGAAACAGAUUUUCAGUAUAAAUAGCAUGAAAAUAACGAUAUUUUUUAAAAAACCAUGUCACUGGAGACUCAGCGUUUAUUAAUUAUAUAUCAGAUUCAAUCUAUGGAUUAUCUGGAUUAUCCUCUAGCGACUAAUGAACUAAUGUGAUAUGGUGUCGGCUGUAUGGACAGCGUUUCAUGUAUAACUUACUUCUAAUUGUGUCUUAGUGUUAUGUCGUUUCUUCAUAGAUACAACGUGAUCUUCUCGAAAAUUCCGUUUUCGCAACCACUCGAAUCAUUCACUGAUGCAUUGUCAUUAUUAAUAAAAAAUAAACGUGCAAAUUUUUCAAGUAAAUUAAAUAGCAUCUCAAUAAAUUGCGAAAACGGAAUGAAUACAAAUUCCUAGUGAGUACGUAACAAAUAAUAUGUGUGUCAAAAUAUAUUAUCAAAAUAAAUGUGAUAACAAAUGAGUUUAUUAUAGCAGUAUAAACACAA